AUGAGCCCGCGGGCCGAGAUGGGCCGCCACACGAUGCACACACCGACGGAGCUCGUACUCUUACGUGGCGAGCUACCGACCUCGUUUGCUGGCGCGCGUCGGCGCCCCGACGUGUCGCACCGACCGGCGUCGGCUGGACCGACCUUGCCCCACGCCACCAGCGCGACAUCGGCGUCCAUGCAGCAGCGACUGGUCCUAUCGCCACGCGCCGAGACGGCGGCGCCACCACCAGCCAUGCGACCGGCGCGUGCCGCUUCGGCGGCGCCGACACGCCCGCAACAACAAUCCAAUCCUCGGAAUUUGCUGCGGCCUAAGAGCAGUACGGCCCAGCGUAAGCUCUUGCAGACAACCAGAGACAGCCACGAUGCGCUCGGUGCCGUCGGCGAUCCUACAGAACGCGGCAACAGCAACAACAACCAAGACGAUACAAAGCUGGCGCCACGACCACCUGCGGCGCGCCUUCAUGCGCCGCCGUCGCAGUUGCAAGACGUCGGCGGCUCCAGCAAACGCUUCAAGAUGGCAGCAGUGGUCAUUGGCAUGACAGCCAAACUCGACCUUCGCCCGGAAGCGGCCCCUUUGACACCCGAAGCCAAUCACGACGACAGUACAGCACUCCGCGAGAGAAUGCGAUCGCGCGUCGCGCCCAAGCACACACCGCGGGAGCAGCUCCGCGCCUUUCUCGAAGCGCCAUCCAACACAGCAAACGACACCUUUUACUACGCUGUACCGGCGCACCAGCUCUCACCCUUUGCGCGCUACGACCCGUACACGCUCGUGCCCGUGCCCUUUCACACUGUGUACGCCAACCACGCGCAUGUGACGACGCCCGAGCCGCUGCAAUUCACGAGCGACGACCGCAUCAUUGACACGCAUAUCAAGUGCGACUUUUACGUGAUCCAUGACACGGGUCUGCUCUUCUACUGCAAGGCGAACGCGACGGUCGAGUACCAAUCCAAAGCCGAGUGGGACCGCGAGUGCCGGGUGUUUGCCGCCGUCUCCAACAUUGCGCUCUUCCAAAAGUACCGCGGGCUCAAGGCGCUGGUGUGCUGGAAGCGCUACUACCGCCGGCACAAAUUUGCAACUGCCCAAGACGCCAUUCAAAACAAGCUGUACUUUUGCAACCCGGUAUUGUACGCGACCAUGGUGCACAUUCGCAACAAGCUCCUGCCGUUCACGGACCUCACGCUCUUUGAACCAAGUAACAACAGUGUCCGUGCCCCCUCAGCCUUUGUGCAUACCCACCGGCGCCGCGUCAUUGAGAUAGCAACCCGCGUGACCGACCUCGCGAAUGGCCUCCGCGAUCUCCUCGCGACGAUCGCGCGCGAAUAUUUGUCGCAAUACUCGACGACCGAGUCGGUCAUUACGCAUGCCGAGACCUGCUUCACGUCCCGGAAAAGCACAGUGUUUCAUGUUGACCAGCUCAAGCGCACGUCGGGCCACGACGCAACGAAGCGCCACGACUCACCGCCAAAAAAGCGCCGCCACCGGCUCCAGUCGCUCGUGUCCGGCACCGCCGUCGACAUUGAUAUGAACGCCAUCCGCGCCGAGCUGCAGCGGAAUCGGUUCCGAUACCAAGUCAACGAAGCCAAGCGCACGCAUGCGCCGGCGGUCGACCAAGUAAAAUGGUCGAUUGCGGCCGUGAAGCGCGCACGCUGCCUCGAACUCGCGCAUUUUAUCACCCGGGUGGACUUUAUGCUGCUCGACAUGUACCAAGACAUGGUCGUUCGCAGCGCGCACCACCUCGUGACCGUGCUUGCAAUCGCAUCGGGCGCCAAGGGCCCAUCGCUCUUGCUCUCGAAAGAGGCCUAUAUCAAGGCGUACCGCCGCUUUGAUACCUUUGGCACCGAGUCAAUGAACACGGCGCAGCUCACGCGCUUGUUGCAGUUUGUGUUUGAUGGCAAGCUCCAAGGCGACGCCCUCCACCACCGCGUCGCUGCCCUCGACGAGUUCUCCCAUGGCCUCGAUAUCUUGCUGGACCAAGAACGUAUGCUCGCGAUCGAUCCGGAUUUGAUGAGCGUCUACGAGAGCUCGCAAAAGGUCGACGUGCUUCGCCCAGAGCCGCUCUUUGAAGUCGAUUUGAGCCUUGGUGGUGACGAGACGCUCGCAUUCACGCCGGCAUUGUGCGAGCUCGGCCAGAGCAUUACAGCGACGCUCAACGGCUUCUUUGACGUGUGCGCACAUGUGACGCGCCUCGUGCACUGCCCCGUCCUCCUGCCCUACCUCACGUUUGCAUACGAAGUCCGGUCGACCGAGGUCGGCGCGAUGCCAUUGGAUGAAAAGGAAGUGACGCGCGUGCCGUCGCUCCUCCACGAGCGCGCCAGCCAAGAUGCGGCGUUUCUCUUGGUCGCGUCGCAGAUUGACGAGAUCGUCAAGGACGCGACCUGCGCUGCACACGCAUACGCCAAGUGCUUUGAGAGCCUGCGGACGUCGCACGUUGGUAACAAUGGCAUCGACUUUGACCUCGUUGCGACGCAGCACCGCCAUGGCAUGUACCCGCUCGCGCUCAUGCAAACCGACAUUGAGCGCUUCCAGCACAAUCAAGCCAAACUCGACGACCUCGUCACACGACAAGACAUUCAGCUCAUUCGCGUGCACACGUUGGGCUUGAAGGCGCAGCUCGUGCCGUCGCCCGGUCGGUGCCUCCAUGAAUACGCUCGCGUGCUCCCGAUUUUGGCCGAAACCAACUGCAAGGAUCUCCUCUCGUACAUUGAAAUCGCAUCGACCAAGAUCCAACGGCCCGCGUCAAGAACGCUGGACGCGUUCGUGGCCUACCUCUUGAACCUCCACGAGGUCACCGAAGAGCUCUUGACCAAAGACCACGAAGCGGCGCAGAUCACGUCUUACUUUGACGUGUUGCACUUUGCCGGCUUUGCCGUGCCCGAUCAUACGCAAGCGGCGUACGAUCUCUGCGGGCCCGAGCUCUCGACGCUCAAGGCCAACGCGACGACGUGUCUUGCGCGGCGCGACACCGACAUCCGCGACUACGCGGGUCUCCUCACGCAGACCAUCGAGCACUUGGACGCCAACAUCGAGUAUUUGGCGACCGACGCGCGCUCGGACCAAGUGUGCGACGGCGCCAUGGACGCGGAGAAGGCGCUUGCGUUCGCAAAGCACCUCCAGGAGGCGGCGCAGGACCAGGAGCGCAAGGCGAAGCGUCUCGUGUACAUGCGCGGUCUCUUCAACUCGUUCUUGCCCAACGUGCUGCCGGAAACGUCGCUUUUCGCGUCGCUACCGCCCUUGUUACACGACCUUUCGCUCAAGCACGACGUGUGGGCGCUCGUCACCGAGACGGAAGAGACGCUCGCACGCUGGGGCCCGAGUGCGCUCCACGAUCUCCCCAUCAACGAAAUGAACCUCUUGCUCGAGCAGCUCACCGACAUUCUCGGGCGUAUGGUGGAGAAGUACGCGACGUUGCCAUUGACACGCCGGCUCCGCAAGCUCCAAUCGUCGAUAGCCCACGUGGCACCGAUCGUCCGCGAUCUCUGCAGCGACCAUCUCGACGACCGGCACUGGCAGCGCCUUGAAAACAAACUGGGUGUCAAGUUCGAGUACGAAGUUGACACGCGGGCCUCGGUGUAUACGCGCCACUCGGAAAUACCGCUGUCGUAUUUGAUGUCGCUCAACGUCGAGACGGCCAAGGACACAAUCCAUGAAGUGGUCCAGGAGGCCGCGACCGAAGCCGCGAUCAGCAAGAGUCUCCACGAAGCCAUCAAAGUCUGGGAAACCAAAGACAUUCCGUUUCUGCCACGGCUCGUCGACCACGACACGCGCGAGAUCCUCGUGCUCGGCAACACCUCGGACGUCCUCGCCAUGCUUGAAGACUCGGACGUGCUAUUACAAACGAUUUUGGGCUCGUCGUACAUUCGCCCGAUUCAGUCGCUCGCGCUCAAGUGGCGCGACGAGGUCGUCAGCAUGACCGAGCUCAUCACGCGCCUCGAAGAGUGCCAUCGGUACUGGGACCACAUGGAGGUGGUUCUCUCGUCCGAAUUUAUGCGCGCAGUGCCCGAGCAAGCCAUGACGUACAGCCAACUCGAGAAGACGUGGAAGGCCCUUGUCGACAAGAUCAGCCGCAAUCCGUCGCUGCUCCGAACGGCGCGCGCAACCGGCGUCAAAGAGCAGCUCAUCGCGCUCAACCACGGGUUUGGGUCGAUUUACAAGCUCCUCGAAGGGUACCUUGCGCUGAAGCGGCAGAACUUUCCACGCUUCUACGUGCUCUCGGACGCGGAGCUUGCGGAGCUCAUUUCCCAAUGCCGGGAUCCACGCCAGAUCCAAAAGUACUUGCACUAUGUCUUCCCGUGCAUUCAGUACCUCGAGUUUGGCGUCGACGACAAGAGCCAAGACAUUGUCGCGGCGCAUGCUCCCCGGCUUCCGUACCCAGAAGUCAUUACGCUCGGCAAGAACCUCAAAGCGAGAGGGUAUGUCGAGCAGUGGGUCGCGGCCGUGCAUCGCCGCCUCCACGAGCGCGUGCAGAAACUGGUGCGGGACAGCAUACCGUUCUGGCUCGCCCAUCUCGACGAGCCACUGACCUUUGAGAUGCUGCGCGACACAGCACUGCAGUGCCUUCUCGUUGGCCAAGACGUUGUCGUCUGCCAUCACAUGACCGCCGCGCUCACGCAUGCGACGACAUCGACGCUCACGACCAUGUCGAUGGCCCAUGCAACCCGCCUUGCAACCAUGGUGCAGAGUCUUCCGUUGGUCUCACAGCACGCAAGUAUCAAGGCCGCCACGCUGCUUCUGCAACAACUCUACUACCGCGAUGUCAUUGCGGGUCUAAGUGUGUCCAACGGGAAGGACCACCUGCGCUACUUCAUACAGGAAGACUCGGGCGAUGUGUUUCUCGAGCUCUACGAUGUCCGUGUGCCGUACGGGUACACGUAUUGCAACCCGACGCGAAGCACACUCGUGCUGUCGCCACUGACGGCGCGCUGUCACCUUGCGCUCUUUAAUACGCUGCGGUCGUUCCAGUCGACGCUUGUCUCAGGGCCGAUGAAUUCGGGCAAGUCGACGAUGGUGCAAAUGCUGUCGCGGGCGACGGGGCGAGAGCUGCUCCAGACUGUGUGCACGCCGCUCAUGCGUCCUUUACAACUCGAGCAGCUCUUGACGGGGAGUCUUCUUCUCUCGGGCACCUUGCUCUUACGGCACGUGGACGGUCUAUCGAGCUCGUUACUACAGUACCUUGCACAGCUCAUCUCGACCAUCUCGAACCAUGCGAUGGCCAAGCGGCACUUUAUCACGCUCGACGACCGCGAAGACCGCGAAGUGCACUUUAGCAUCGGCGCAAGCGUUAUGAUGACGUCCUCGUGCCUCGCCUCGGCCGCACAUCGACCUGCGCUCUCGGCGCUUCUCGAGCGCACAAUCUCGUUGCCCCUCAUUCCGCUCGAUAUGCAAGUGGCCAUGCAUGCACUCUUGUACAGCCAUGGCUUUGAGGACGUGGCCGAUGCCGCCCGUAAGCUCGCGAGCGUGUGGCACGAGCUGCAAGCCGCGAUCGCGCGCGAGGCCCCGGAGCUACGACAUGUGGCCACGCUCCCCGCAGCGCUGCAAGCGCUGCGACCGUUGGCGCAGCAGCGUCAGAGCGACGCAACGCUAGAGGAAGCACAUGGCUUGCAGACGACACUACUUGCCUAUCUCAACGAGCACGUGCUCCCGACAGCGCCCGAGGUGCAUGCCCACAUGACAGCGUUCAUCAAGGCGCUGUGGUUCAUGUCGCCGCCGCCCCGACCCGUGGCGGGCGAGCCAACAACCGCCGAUGCGAGUGUCAUCGACCUCUUUGCAUCGUGCCUACGCCAAGCGUACGAGAAGCACCAGAUCGUACUGACGCCGAGCGUACAGGCGACGGCAACCCGGGUCGCGACGGCCGUUGCGAUGUUCCGCACGGUGAUCGUGACCGGGGCGCCGAAAGCAGGCAAGACGACAACGAUGCAUGUGGUGGCCAAUGCGCUCAACUGUCUGCAGCCGAUUGUGCAUGAAGCCUACCCAAUGAUGGCCGCGUGGGGGCUCGCUACGCCGCAUGACACGCGCUUUGUUCGCAUCAAGCGCGUUCUGCCAGCGGCGCUCUCGCUCGAUCGACUGUUUGGGACAAGCGGCGACGGCGAGACAUCGAUCCUCAAGACACUCUUCCACGAACCCGCGGAGAUCUCGAGCUGUCACUUUGUCGUGCCGCCCGAGAACGGCCCCAUCACGAUCCAAAACGAAGCAUUGCCGCCGUUUUUGCAAGAGCUCUUGACCUACCGACAGCGUCGUUGGGUGUGCUUGGACGGUGCCUUAAAUGGCCCGUGGAUCGAGUCGCUCCUUGGCAUGGCAUCGUACGGUAGCGCGGGGCACCUCGGGUUGCACCAGCUUCCGCAAGCCACGAAAGGGGUCGUCACGUGCGAGCCGCACGUCUCGCUACUGCUAGAAACUGUCACCCUGGACCACGCUUCGCCGAGCCUUGUCACGAACGUCGGCCUUGUGCAUCUCCACGACGAUGCGCUGCAUCAUCUCGUCCUCCAAGGGUUUGUUAAGGGGCUCGCCGCGCGCCCCGGGGUGCCACGGAUGAUUGCCGAGACGUGUACCAAGUACCUCUGCGACGCGGCGUUCAUCGAUCGGCUCCUCGAGUGCCAACGACAAGGCUCAAUGGCGUAUCCCAUGGGCCCCGUGCACGCAACACAGAACGUCCUCGCUUUGCUGCAAGCCAUGCUCACCAACCACGGAGCGCUGCCGUUCGACGCCAUCUUUCAAGCGCCGAGUGAGGCGAUGCUGGCCUAUGCGGCCAAAGUCGAGCUCGCCGUGCUCUGGAGUCUCCUCUGGGGUCUCGGCGGCGCAUUGGACGCUCAUACCAAGCGCAUGCUCAGCACUGUCUUGGAGCACCACUUUAAGCACCUGGAGGAGGCGUGGCAAACCAACGGAGCCAACAGCAGCCUCUACGACUGUCUCCUCGAUCUCUCAUCGCAGCGCUUUCACAAGUGCAAAGAUUACCUUGCGGCUCCCAACGCGCUCGUUGACGCCCCACUGUUUGCAGUGUACAUGCCCCGGGCUGCGAGCACCUUGGUGCACGUAGCCGCCAAGCACGCCCUUCGCGGCGGCGCUCCGGUGCUCGUGUGUGGUGCCCCGGACGCAGGCUCGUCGUCGUGUGUCGUGGAUCUGCUCCAGCGCCUCUCGGCGUUCUCUGCGCGCGGCCUCUCGUUGCUCGACACGCCGUGCGAACCUGCAACCGAAGACAAGGCCCGGCUGGCCAACAUGCGCCUGAGCACAACGCUGCUCGUGUCGUCCAUGGCGGGUCGCAUGAAGCGACGGCUCCAGGCUGCAAAAGGCGACCCGGGGCGCCGGGACUCGACGUUUUGGAAGUCGUUCGUGGACGCAACUUGUACGGCUCUGGACACAGGCAACGUUGUCGCAACGUGCUUUGCCCUGACGGCGGCCACGUCAUCGGCCACGAUCGAAGGGUACCUCGAGCGGUGCUUGCAACGGGAGCGGCGAGCAGUGCUCGAACCGCCGCCCGGUAAAACCAUGCUGCUCUUUCUCGACGAUCUGCACCUGCCGACUGCAAAAUACCCGUCGCCGCACACGACGCUUCGGUCGAUUCUCGACUGCCACCACGUCUACUUGGGCACGGCUGUCGAGCCGCAUACGAUCGAGCACACAUUGCUGCUUGCCACCGCGCCGCUCAGUGUAACAGCAAGCUUGACCGACCCGAGCCUGCCGUUGGCGCGGCUUCUUGGCCGCUUCUUUCCGCUGGUGCUGGACACCAUGACAUCAACCGAUGUGUAUCAGCUGGUGCAGCCACUCUUUGCGAGUCACUUUGAGCGGCCCGACGUCCGGUACCACGUGUCGAUUCGGCAGCAAGCCAAGACACCCCACUUUCGGCUGCAGCAUUUAUUGGGUUUUUUACAGCACCUCGUGACGCCAACACCAACGUCUCUACUUGAUAUUGCAAGCCUCGUGCGACUGUGGCACCACGAAGCACAGCGUGUCUUCUACGACGCGUCGCCGCUAACGGCCACGGUCGCAAGUGAAAUCGACAAGAGCCUGACCUUGCUUUGCGACCGCACGUCGACAAGCAAUGCGGCAUUUGCCAACGAUGCGAUCUGGACGUACUAUCCGCACGGCUUGCUGCCUGGCACCAAAGAGCCCGCUGAGGUGCACGCUGCAGCCCGCGCGAUCGCUCGUCGUCAGAGUUCCAAAUCGCUCGUGUCUCCCGCACCCGUGUCGCUGCCACUGCCCAUCGAUUCGCUUGACGGGCAUGUCUACGGAGAGCUCGUGACGGGCAGUGACGCGAUCGAAGCCGACAUUGACCGUCUUCAAGCGGCCUUGGCUCCGCAUGUCCCGCCGUCCUAUGCGCUCACACCCUCCGCGGUGCUGCCACUUUUACGCCUAUGUCGCCUGCUUGGCGCCCCGGGACGCCGGUGCCUCUAUGUUGGCGAUGCUGGCUGCGGCAAGCCAUCCCUCGUGGCCGCCGCGGCCCACCUCCUAGGGCAUCAAUGCCUGCACUACAAGGGAGGCGACGAGAGAUGGCGAGACGUGGUGCAGCGCGGCGUGCGCAGCGCCGGUGUCGAGCAGUGCGACGUGACGCUCGUGGUGGAACACAGCGUGUACAUGUCCGAGAGCCAAUUCGACGAUCUCAUGCAGCUAUUGCUGGGGCGCGAAGUACCAUUGCUCUUCUCGGCCGACGACCAGGACGCGAUGGCACGGCAGGUGCGCGACGACAAGCUCGCGCACUUAUCGCGCAAGCACGCCGAGCAGCUCGCGCUCCUCGUUGGCGCCAACGCGGAUCCGUCGCUCGAAUCCAAGCUGCAAAAGCAACGGGAUGCGCUUCUCAACGUACAACACGGCGAGACGGACGACGUGUUGCGGCAGUUUGAAGCCAACGUCGAUGUCAACCUCGCAUCGGUGCUGCCCAUUACCAAAGCCAACGGCGUCUUGUCCGGCAUCUGGGCCGACAUUUUGCGUGCGGCGCAGCGAAACCUCCGCGUCGUCGUCGUCUUGACACACGACGACCUUCGGCGCCUCGUCCAACGCGCGCCCAAGCUCGCGACGGCGGUUCCCAUUGCCACCGCGUCGGUGCUGCCGCAUCCGUCGAUCCACGCGAUCUGCCGCGGCCAUGUGUUUCGGGCGUGGCAAAAGUACCGCUCGCGCGUGGUUCCGGGCGAGAAGGACCUGGAGGUCCUGGCGGCGAUUGGUGCCAUGUGCCACAUCUCAGCCUCGGCGGUCGCCACAUGCGCGUUGACGCUGCGUGGAAUCGCGCUGUUUGCAAAUCAAGUGUUUGCUUCGCUCGAGCGCCUCUCAGCCGACGUCGGUGCGUACAUGGAGCGACCGAAAGCAUACCUCGAGCUUCUCGCCAAGCUACACGCCGAGGUGGACCACGCCAAGGCGACGGAAGCGACGCUUGUCGCAACGAUGGAGACCACGGUCGCCGGUAUCGCAGCGAAAAAGGCCGUGCUCACAACGCACCAAACGAGCGCCGAUCACUUGCGGCAUCGUCUGCGCGAGCAAAAGCUCGAGGUCGACGCGCAUGUGGCCGCCACGAACGAGAUGGACCAUGCGACGCAGACCGAUCUCAAGGACGCCCUCCGGACGCUCGACGACGCCAACGUGGCCGUCGCGUCCUUGGACAAGCGCUUCAUUACCGAGAUCAAGUCGUUUAUUCACCCGCCGCUGCUCGUGCACCUCGUCUUGAAUGCGGUGUGCGUCCUCUUCAACGUCGACGCGAGCUGGGAGAACGCGCGGCGUCUCUUGAGCGACGUCAACUUUGUGUCGUCGCUGAUUGGCUACAACAAGGACAAUGUGUCGGAUGUCAUUUUGGACAAGUUGUCGCCGUUCAUGUCGGACCCGAGCUUUUCUAAAGACGAAGUCGUCAAGCAAAGUGUGGCCGCGAGCACGAUGGUCGUAUGGAUCUCGGCCAUCUACGAAUAUAGCCGUGUGCGCAAGUUGGUGCAGCCCAAGCUCGACCUCCUCGCGGCGUCGCAAGCCAACCUCCGCGGACUCGUCAAGGCCUUUACCGACUGCCAAGCACAGCUCGACGCGGCCGACGCGGCGUCAACCGACCUCGAAACCAAGAUUCAAAUCGACAUGCAAGCCAAGAAAGAGCUCCAGGAGCGCAUUGACAGCGCUCGGUAUGUGGCCCGGCAAGGCGCGGCCGUGCUCUCGCUGCUGACCGUCGAGACCGCGGCCAUGACGGCUUCGCUGGACGAGAUGCUCGAGAUGGAGGCAACGCUGUUGGUGGAAGCCGCGCUGACUGCGGCGAUCGUCGUCUUCAUGCCCAGCAUCCACCGGGAGGCGCGCGUGUCGCUCUUGAACCACUGGCGCAGUGACGUCUCGGCGACCUACCGCGUCCAUCCGACGCUCUCGAUCGUUGCCGAGGGGACGCCGCCUCCCUGGGCGCGCUGGCUCUUUGAGAUUGGCAUCUUUUCUUCGCGCGUGCACAUGACGACUGCUGUCGCGCUGGCUCAUGCGACGAGCAUCGUUUUGAUCACGAACUUGUCGACCGAGAUGGAAACCUUGCUCCUCAACGUGCUCGCAGUCGACGACGCACCCUAUAGCGUGCUACACGGGACGACAAAAGACAUGCGGACCGUCUUCGAGGCGUGUGCCGCAUCCGGCACACCGGUUGUUGUCCACGACGUGACGCCGACAACGAUCGAGACCGUUGUGGACACAUUGGCGCGCACCGACGCGUCACGCAAGUUUCGCCUCGUGUGCACCUCCCGUCUGCCAUCAGCAGCCUUUUGCGGCUAUGACGGACUCGUCGUCGACGCUGCCCUCGCGUCCGACGCGGUCGAGGUGAUGCUGCUGGACGACAUGUGCCGCGAGAAUGUCGCCAACGCCAGCCGCAAGAGUGCCUGUAGUGCGACCCGCAGCCUUCAAUCCGCGACGCUCGAACUCCGCGACGGACAAGACAGCGUCAUGCACCAUCUUCGAGACAUUUUGGCAACACUCAAGUUUACGGCGGCCGACAUGGACAAGCUCAAGGAUCUCUGCGCCCACAAUGUGCGCAUUCGGUCCGCGAUGGCGGACGACGAAGCGGCGCUGGCGUCCGCCCUGAACGUGUACAAGUCGGCUGCAAGCCAGCGCUUGGCGCGCGUGGGUGCGCACGUCUUUGCUGCGCUGCCAACGCCAUUGCCUCUUCCGCUCAACGGCUAUCGCAAGCUCUACCUCCAGCUUCUGACACCCGAAAAGUGGCGGUCCCCGGAAGAGUGGCUUGCGCUCGCGCUGGACCACCUCGCGCUGUCGAUCCACGCCUCUGAAUGGCCAGCAUUUCUGUGGCGGCUGGCGCUACGCUGGCACGACGAAAACGUCCCGCCCCGGCCAGCGUCCGGAGCUCUAUCGGCACCGUCCAUAUCGCCGACGACGACCACAAGCGGACUGCGCAGCUUUACGCAGCUGCAACUCGAUGUCUUCUUACCCCGUGGCCUGGCAAAUGCAACGAGCCCGCACAUACUCGAGGUUCUUCAAGCGAGUACGGUCGAAGAUCUUUUGACCGCGCUGCAAGUGCAAAUGCCAAUGGCCAAGCGGCGCCGACCACGGCCAGAGGACCACGACACCAUUGACGUGCUGAGUGCGUUUUUGCAAAGUGCCAAUCCAUCCAGCAUCCACAUCGCUCUCCUCUUGCAGCUGCUCUGGCCGUCACCCCGCCUUGCGAGCUUUACGACCGAGUUUGUCGCGACAACACUCGGGCUCGGGAAGCUCGAGACGCGGCUCUCGCCUACCGUGUGGUACCAAAAAGGGUCGUCGCGGGACUUGGCGCUCUACUAUCGCAGUAUCGUGACGACUGCGCUCCCCACCUCGCGCGCCUACCUUGCGCUCAUGCUGGACGUCACAACGCCCAUGCAAGCCCAGCACAAGGUACUGCACUCGCUUCUCCAGCGGCCGCUGCUCGCUGCGCCCGAGGCACCCUUUACCCUACCCGCGUUCGACUUGAGCUGGAACCAAAAGCUGCUCUGCGUCGAGUCCAUCCAGCAACUGCUCUAUCUUGACGACAAUGCGCCGCUCAUGCUGACGCAGUACGCGUGGCGAGGUCUCUACAUCGCCGACCCCGAGAGGCUCCACGCGUAUGUGCAGCACUACCGGCAUGACACGCGACUGGCCGGGGCGCUUGCCCACGACGACGGCGCGCCACCAUCGGCGGUGGCCGACGCCGCCACGCUGCACGUUUGGCACCCGAAUACGACCGUGCCGCCAACGAUUGCACCCUACAUGUGGUACAUGGCGCCACCGCCUGUGACACCCUUUGCCCGAGCGCUCCGCGAUACCGUAUUGCAGCUGGCCUCCAUCCCGUUCUCGACGCGGGUCGCCGAAGCGCUUCUCGGGGCGCCGCUCACCGAGAGCGCACGAAACACGCUUGGCAUUGUGAUCUGGCGUGUCCUCUGCAGCCUCUGCUUCUUCCACGCAACGCUCCUGGUGCGCCAUGAGACGGUCGUUGGCGCGGCGGUCGACGUGGCGGCGCCGGAGAUGAGCGAUGUGACGCUCUGCGUGCUCGAGCUUAUCGGGCCCGUGCUCACGGCGCUCACGCGGCAGUAUGCACAGCGACGAGACGACGCAGCCGACCCUUUUAGCGGUCUCGACUGGCCUCGCUUGCGUCGCCGUCUUCUACAGUGCGUGUAUUCCCGCAAAGGCACGACGAACCGCGGGUGGGGCCUGUUAAAUGGGCUCUUGGCCGAGGUUUUGGGUCCCAACCUCGUGUCAUUGGACGCGUCACGGUUGCAAUCCCGCUUUCAGCUCCCAUUGCAUAGCUUCUACGCCAUCUUUCACGAUCGACAAGCGCUCUCUUCGGCAGAAGAUUAUGUCCGUCUCCUCUGCGACUUGGCGGCGACGGCGUCGUUCGAGUGGCCUGAUGUCCGUAUCUCGCGCGCCCCCUCGACGCCAAGCGUGCACGAAAUGCUGCUAUCGACCGAGCGGCGCAUGCAGGACGACGUCGUGGCCGAGUUUACUGCCAUUUUACAGUGCCUGCACGCGCGCGUUCCGAGUCCACUGGUGCUCAAACUGCACCCGCGGAAUGCCAGCAACAAGCCGACGCCGAUGCGAAGUCUCUGCAAAGCGGUUGUGCGUCUCUACGAAAGCGACAUCGCGACGUUGACGACGGCGCUGGCAGCGCUCUCGCUACCACAUGGUGUGCGCUAUCGCGAGCUGCCGCCAUCCGUCCAGUCGGACAUGACACUGCUGCUGCAAGACAAGGUGCCACGCCGGCUGGCACUACGUGGCCUGCGCGUUGGCACCUUGUCGCUCUCAGGCUACUUGGAUGCCAUCGAGCGCCACAAAGCGUUUCUGCAGACGUGGUGGGACGAAGACGAUACCGAGUGGUCCUGCCCAAGUGUGCCGUCGCUCGAUGAGCUACUUGCAUCGUUUCUCCUCACGUACGGCGUGCAGUGCAACCGCGACGUGGCUCAAAUCAGCGUCGUCGUCGACGUCUAUGCGGCCACGGCCGCGAUCCCCACAAGUCGGCGGCGCUGCGAGUCCAUGGUCCUCACAGGCCUCACACUACUCAAUGCAGCCCCCAAUGCCGCGCUGGGCAUUGACCCUGUCGCUGGCCACGAGGUGCCCGUGAAGCUGCUUGUCCAUGCGGUCGAGACGCCACCGACCGAUCGGAGCACGAUGAUGCCGUGCCCGAUCCUUGCCAGUCGCGUCGAUGACGCGACCGUCGUCGGCACUUUGGCGCUGUGCGUGUCGACGCCAUCGGUUGCCACGUGUCCGCUGCUCGUCGUGUCGCCAUAAGAAACAAGACCCAUGUGUUUAGCA